AUGUCGGCAGCACGAAUCGCCGAGUUGCGACAGGAGACGGUGGAGAUGUUCUAUCACGGAUUCGACAACUACAUGAACAUUGCGUUCCCGGAGGACGAGGUAUGCUGCUUCAUUUUCAGUGCGAGUCUGGCACCUGUACUGACAAUCUUGAAGCUCCGACCGUUAUCCUGCAUUCCUCUGACUCGAGACUCCCGGAAUCCGCGGAACGUUGAGCUGAAUGAUGUUCUGGGCAACUACUCCCUCACACUGAUCGACAGUCUCUCGACCCUGGCGAUACUGGCUUCUGCCCCUCCGGAUCGAGCGGGCACUGGAGAGAAGGCUCUGCGGGAUUUCCAGAACGGCGUGGCGGCGUUGGUAUUGCAGUAUGGGGACGGUACGAGCGGGACCUCUGGACAAGGGCUCCGGGCGCGGGGGUUUGACGUUGAUAGCAAGGUCCAGGUCUUUGAGACGGUAAUACGGGGGGUCGGCGGAUUGGUGAGCGCGCACCUGUUUGCUGCGGGGGAGUUGCCGAUAACGGGGUACAAACCUCGUAUGGCGGCUGGGCCGAAGCGCAAGUUGCAGAAGGGGGAGAUACCAGCUAUUGUAUGGCCGAACGGAUUUCAGUACAAUGGCCAGCUGCUUCGACUGGCUUUGGAUCUUGCAGAGCGUCUAUUACCUGCAUUCUAUACUGCAACUGGUAUGCCAUACCCUAGGGUAAAUUUACGACACGGAAUUCCGUUCUACCUGAACUCUCCCUUAAACCAGGACUCCGAUCAGGACGACUAUAUUCACGAAGGUGGGCCAGAGAUAACGGAGACCUGCAGUGCAGGGGCUGGUAGCCUGGUGCUAGAAUUUACGGUUCUAAGCCGCCUGACUGGAGAUCCAAGGUUCGAACAGCUGGGGAAACGAGCAUUCUGGGCCGUCUGGGCGAGGAGGAGCACCAUUGGACUGAUUGGGGCGGGUGUCGAUGCCGAGAAAGGUCAUUGGAUUGGACCAUAUGCGGGUAUUGGUGCUGGGGCUGACAGCUUCUUCGAAUAUGCUCUGAAGACACAUAUCUUGCUUUCUGGGCAUGAGCAACCGAAUCUGACAGUUCCCCUCAAAGAGCCAAACCGGUCAUGGCUAGAUCCAAAUUCUAUCUACACCCCUUUGAGCACGGAAGAGAAUUCCUCCCAGGCAUUUCUGGCAGCUUGGCAAGAAGCACAUGCUGCUAUCAAAAGGCAUCUGUACAGUGGUACUCAUCAUCCCCAUUAUGUCAAUGUCCACUUGGCUACGGGAUCACCACAAGCCUACUGGAUAGAUAGUCUGGGUGCAUAUUACCCUGGACUCUUGACGCUAGCUGGCGAAGUAGAAGAGGCAAUUUCGACCAACCUACUCUAUACUGCUUUGUGGACUCGCUACGCAGCGUUGCCAGAAAGAUGGUCAGUGAGAGACGGCCAAGUAGAAGGGGGUCUAGGCUGGUGGCCAGGACGACCAGAGUUCAUCGAGUCAAAUUACCAUCUAUACAGAGCUACGAAAGACCCUUGGUAUCUUCAUGUUGGCGAGAUGGUACUUGCGGAUAUCAAGCGUCGGUGCUGGACGAAGUGUGGUUGGUCCGGUCUUCAAGACGUAAGGACAGGAGAGAAAAAUGAUCGUAUGGAAAGCUUCUUCCUCGGAGAGACGGCGAAGUAUCUCUAUCUUCUGUUUGACACCGACCAUCCUCUGAACUCUCUCGACGCAGCCUAUGUCUUCACAACCGAAGGUCAUCCGUUAAUUAUUCCAAAAAAGAAGGGACCAAGAGUUGUCAAGAGGGAGAUGGCUCCGACCAGAGCUGUUGAGCAGUACCAAGACCUCAAUGAGAGAGAUACGUGCCCGGUAGCCCCGGCUACAGUUCCUUUCACAAUCUCCGCAACAGCAGCAAGGCCUGACAUAUUCCAUGCGGCCAGUCUAAUAGGGUUACAUCUGAUACCCAAUGAGCGUACAACAGACGAUUUUGGUGAGAUGAGAGGAACUGUGGCUACCUCGAACCAUACACAUUAUCCGUGGACGCUCCCUGAUUCUCUCAUGCCAAAUGACGGAGUGUGCGCCAAGUUACCAUUGAAGCAAACUUUUUCUAUCGAAUUUCCGGUCAACACACCAGCAGCCACUGCAGGAGCCGGCUCAAACUUUCUCGUUCUUGGUCCUCAAGGACUUGUCCGUCUCAAUGAAGGGAUCCUUGUCAAGAGUCUGUCCGGACUGAAGAUAGGUAUGGUAUACGAAUCUCCUUCUCCUUUCACAUCGACCGAUGGGCCUCUCAUGGAAUCCUGGCGGGUAUGGAGUAUCGCCAAUAUGCCACUGGGCCGCGACGAGCAAAUCUUUAUCUCACGCGAGAUUGUCGGCGAGAUGAACGAUCCAUCGUUUACACGCAUUCGAGACUCGGUCACGGCCGACCUGAUUAUCCAAAUUGAAAACCCCACCUCCGUCAACACCAGUGAUGCCGGCAGUGUUGAGGAAUUUUACGACGCCGAAUCAGAACUCGAUGUCUGCGAUGAAUCUUCCAAAGUCUCUUUCGACGAUUCCAGUACCGCUGGCAUCGCUGCCGAGUACAGAACCAUGAUCAGCUCGCUGCUUCGACAGGUGACUUCGGCACUUCGCGAACCAGGGGCAACUGUGCUCCCUGAGCCUCCACUGCCGCCAACAUACCAACUUCUACCCGUCGCCGCCAUUGCUCCCACUGGCUUGGGUGCUGCUCCCAUGACAGAUGUUGCAGAUGCGCCUGACCCAAACCAAGGCUCCCCAUCCGAGCCACUUAGCUGGUCCAGAAUCUACUUUGCCGGAGAAGCAUGUACCAGUAAGCUUCCAGACGACGCAGCCAGGAAACACGACAUCAUCGUGAUGCGUCGCGGCGGGUGCACAUUUUCCGAGAAGCUUGCCAACAUUCCUAGCUUCGUGCCUACCAAACAGAGCGUCCAGCUUGUCAUAGUGAUUUCGGGCCUGGAAGGGGACGAAGAGGAUAUAGAUGGGUAUUCCAGGAGAAGUGGGUCUCGUCUUGUCCGCCCGCUUUUGGAUAAAGCGCAGGUUACGCCGAGCGGGCUGGUGAGACACCAUCAGAUAUCCAUGCUGAUGGUUGGUGGCGGUGAGACCACCGAAGAUAUGCUCAGGAGGAGUCGGAGCGUGGGCUUGAGGAGGAGAUACCACGUGGAGAGUCAGGGGCUGGUGGUGGGCAACAUAGUUGUGACGUGA